UUCUGAUUGGAGAGAAAGAAAGUAAGAGAAAACAAUGAUGGGCAACAAGUCUUCUUGUUGGUUUGUCUUCUUCUUCUUCUUCUUCAUUUUUUCAAGCUUUGUAGCACAAAGCCAUGGCAGGAUCAGGAAGCAGACAGAGCUACUGAACCUUCUCCGAAAGGCCAAGAUGCAAGGAAAUUCAGGCAUAGACACCAGCCUUUUUGAAGUGAAUGAAAUUGAAUCUGAAGCUGAGAGUUAUAAGAUUCUUCCACAGAAGGGAAUGAAGGAGAAAGAUAGGAUUGAGAGGUUGCCUGGACAACCACAUGUUGGGUUCAGCCAGUAUGGUGGGUAUGUCACCAUUGAUGAAUCCAAGGGUGAAGCUCUUUACUAUUACUUUGUUGAAGCACCAACUUCUAAGGAGUAUUUGCCUCUUCUUCUCUGGCUUAAUGGUGGACCUGGAUGUUCUUCUCUGGGCGCUGGAGCAAUGGCCGAGCUCGGACCAUUUCGGGUCCAUAGUGAUGGCAAAACUUUGUACAGAAAUAGAUUUGCAUGGAACAAGGCUGCAAAUGUGUUGUUCUUGGAGACACCCAGUGGAGUAGGGUUCUCAUACUCAAACAUAUCAUACAAUUAUCGCGGAGACCGAAAAACAGCCGGUGCAAACUAUGCCUUUCUAGUGAAUUGGCUGGAGAGAUUUCCUGAGUACAAGAAGAGGGAUUUCUACAUUGCUGGUGAAAGCUAUGCCGGGCAUUUUGUUCCUCAGCUUGCCCAUGUUAUUCUUCAUCAUAACAAGAAGGCUAAUAGAACCAUUAUCAACCUCAAAGGGAUCACUAUUGGAAAUGCAGCAAUCCAUGAUGAAACCGAUUGGCUUGGAAUGUACCAAUACUUUGGGAGUCAUGCUCUUGUUUCACCAAGAACUACACGCCAAAUAGAGAAACACUGUGAUUUCUCACCCGGAGUCACCAACCAGAACAAGGAGUGCAAUGCCGCUUUUGAGGAAGUCGAUCCUAAUAUUGCUAAUAUCGGUAUCUACAACAUUUACGGUCCACCAUUGCAAUUUGAUCCAUGCAGUUAUGAUUACGUGCAUGCCUAUCUAAAUAGGCCUGAUGUUCAAGAGGCCUUCCAUGCUAAUGUGACCAAGCUCAAGUAUGACUGGGAAAUUUGCAAUAAUGUUGUCUAUAAUUGGACAGAUAGCGCCUGGUCUAUCAUUACCCUUCUCCACGAGUUCAUGGAAAAUGGGCUUCGUGUAUGGGUAUAUAGGUAA